UGGCCUUUGCUAUAUUUCUUUCACAUGACAAUUUGCGAGCUCGAAUCAAGCAAAAUUUUCUAACACAAAUGGGAGACGAAUCUAAUCCACACAAGCCCCGUUAUGACAUCACCAUGUCAAGAAGAACUCGAAGAGCGCGGACACUCUUUGGAGAGAAAGUAAGUGCUUUGAAAGUCGAAGACAAACAAGUUGUGGAAGAGAAUGAAGAAGAGAAGAGAAAGAUGAAGUUCAUUGAGGUUUUCGGCGGAAAGGAUGAUGAGGAAGAAUGCAAAACAUCUCUUGGAGGACAUUUCACGGAGGAAGACAAGCAACGUCAAUUGGUGGUCAAACAUGAAAAGGGACACGACGGGGCGAGUCUUAAGAAAAUCGUUAGCCGUUGUGCCAAGAUGUGGGGUCAUAUGAUUAAGAUCAAAGGUGGUUCUCGGAAAAAGCGUGUUCUUCAGCUUACCAUGUGAUGACGGAUGAAGACGCGAUGAUAGUUUUCGCCAUCAUGUAUGUCUUUUUAUAUACAAACAUAUUAUAUGAACUAUGUACAUGAUAAAUAAUGUUUGGAGGGGACUUCUCUAUGCAGCGUGCACAACCUUAACUAGUUCCAUAUAAUGGACCUGGCUUGUUAUCCUUAUAGUGUAACCGAUUUUUGAACGGC